UUUUUAAUCUCUCACAGAAGUGAUGUAGAUUGCACAAGCAUAACCACACAGAUGGAAACAACACGUUUUUUUGAAGAAACAACACAUCAGUCUGCACGCAGUGCAGUUCCUCUAUUUUUUUCCAUUUUAAAGCCACAAUCACAAACUGAAGGAUUUCACAUGAGUUUCGUGAGGACACAAGACAGCAAUGUGGGUUCUUGCUUUAACUGCUCUCCUGGUUUAUGGCUCUGUACGCACAGCUCACAGUGCUAUACCCAAUCACAGAGGCACAGAGGGGGGUGACACUGCUCUCUCCUGUGAGAAUAAUGGUAAAGUGAUUUGGAGUAAAGGUGUUGAUGGAAGGAGAGAGAACAUCCUCACUGCUCAACACGGAAAAGCCCCCAUUAAACACAAACCUGAUCCAGAUGACAGAUACACUGUGUUAAGAGAUUUAUUACUCGUGAUAAAGGAUCUGUCUCUCUCAGACUCGGGGAUUUACUACUGUAACUCUGUUCCUGUGGUCAGUCUGACUGUCACUCCAUUACAAACCAUUUACAAUCAGAGAGGCACAGAGGGGGGUAACACUGCUCUCUACUGUGAGAAUGAUGGUAAAGUGAUUUGGACUAAAGGUGUUGAUGGAGGGAGAGGGGACAUCCUCACUGCUCAACAUGGAGAAGUCCCCAUUAAACACAAACCUGAUCCAGAUGACAGAUACACUGUGUUAAGUGAUUCAUCACUCAUGAUAAAGGAUCUGUCUCUCUCAGACUCGGGGAUUUACUACUGUAACGCUGUUCCUGUGGUCAGUCUGACUGUCACUCCAUUACAAAGUAGAACUGCCAAGACAGAGAAAGUUUCCCCUGGAAAAGGUAGCACAGCUGAGACAGAGGUGGAUUCAACUGCAAAAGGUAUCACGACUGCAAGAGCCACGAUGGAAAAAGAUUCAGCCUCAGGCGAAAAAAACGAGGAGGAUGAUGACAAUGGUGAUGAUGAUGAUGAUGAAACACCGUGGUGGUCAGUCGCUGCUGCAGUUGGAGUGAGCUCCCUGGUGGUGUUGCUGUUGGUUCUUUCAAUAUGGAGAUUUUUCACUAAAAGGAGAACACAUCUGCAAAACCAGGUGCAAGUGUAUGACUCUGUUAACAACCUUCCAGCAGCCCCACAACCUGGAUUCAGUGUUACACACGUCUAUGACUCCAUUAACAAUCUUCCAGAAGCCCCACAAUGUGGUGAUCAGCAGAGAGAGAGCGAGGUCGUGUAUUUCCUCGCACAAAACCCAACAUCCAACACCACAGGCAAUCAGGAGAGAGAGAAUGAGGCUGUAUAUUUCCUGGCAACAGACCCAACGUCCAACAGUGCAGACCAGGACCAAGUUGGACAGCUCUACGCCAAGAUCAAGCCAAAAAAUAAAACCUGAAGUUUGUCUUUAUAUCAUUAUUAUCAUUAUUAAUAAUACGUACCCCUGCAGCUAUAAUUUUCUGUAUUUAGUUUGUAAUAAUUGGAUGCCUGUACUGCUUUAAUAAAUUCAUCUAACACACAAUCCCACAUAUGCAUUUCUUUGUACUUUUUUGCAUUAGCAAUAAAAGUAGCGACGCAGUGUUUACUUCCUGUUUUGGUGAAUCACCUGGAAACUUUUACAUC